AUGGACCCUGCAGAGCCUCGUAGAAAUAUGCCUGUGCCCGGCAAACCUGGCAGUCCAGAAGAAAGGUAUCUGUGCCGGUUAUCUAGUGGAAUGACACUAGAAGAAUUCCAUCAGUGGCGCGAGAUAUUGAUGAUAAAUCCCACGACGGCCAUGAACCCUUUAUUGACAGCAUCAGGGCAGCAAAGGAUCCCACUGUUUCCCUCACCAUUUGAACCUCUGCCUGUGGAUAGAGAUGUAUUGCCUUCCACUAUGGCUCCAACUGACCCAAGACAGUUUUGUGUUCCAUACCAAUUUGGAUCCUCUGUUCAACCAAAUGCAAAUAUGCCGAACAUGAUGUCCAAUCGUGUCUACUCAGGUUGGGGCAUUUUACCACCUGAAUCCUUAAAAGCAAUGGCCAGGAAGAAUGAAAUGAUUCAAAGGCAGCAUACUGCCAGGAUGGAAAUGGAAAUGCAUGCCAUUUACCAGCAGAGGAGACUAGACAAAAUAAAUCCCAAAGGAUUUGCAGGCCUGAGGGUACCAUUCCCCUAUGGCUCCAGUAUCCCCAGUGGCCCAGCCACCUGCCAUGGCAGGAGCAUGCUCCCUGCCGGUGACCUGCACUUGCACAGACGCUCCCUGAGAAGUCUUCAUGGAAACCCCAUCCUAGUGGCAACUGGUCCACGCUAUCUAGAGGGUUGGGGGCAGAAAUGUCGUCGCCUCAGGAGAGGUAUGGGGAAUCAGAAAGUUCUAGACAGUGAUAUUGAGAGUUCCAAAAAUCAAGCAGAAGAAAAAUCCAUAGGCCAGGUUCAUGUGAUUCCCUAUGAAGAGGAUGAGUAUGCAAAAGACCCAGAAACGGAAGCUCUCAACAACCAGAAGUCAAGCGAAGUCAACGAAAAGCCAACUGCAGUUCUUGCCAAUACCUGUGGAGAGUUGGAGCCCACCCACAGAGAACCCUGGGGAGCUCAUGACGCUCCCAUGGAAGCAAAGGCCUGGGAUGGUGGGAGAGAGGAGGUUUCAGAGCAGGUUUUUGCAGCCUGUGGUGAAAAGAAUGGGGUUUACCCUCCAGUUCCUCAACCAUCUUUGCCAGGAACACAUGUACUGGUUACAAGAGGAGAGACUCUGUCUUUGGAUGCGGAUAUUCAGAAGUGGACCGUGAGUGAUGUGCACAGCUUCAUCCGUGGCCUUCCGGGUUGUUCAGACUACGCUCAGGUAUUUAAAGAUCAUGCAAUUGAUGGAGAAACUUUGCCAUUACUCACAGAGGAGCAUCUUCGAAGCACUAUGGGGCUAAAGCUAGGGCCGGCACUAAAGAUCCAACUGCAGGUAUCUCAGCAUAUGGAAAGUAUGUUCUACAAGAAAAGUUUUUCGCUUCCUACCCACACAAAACAAGCAUUUGACCAACCAGCAGACACGUCCCCUCUUCUGGAUUUUAAUUCCUGGGGUGACACAUCGGACAGGACCUGUUCCCAGGAUAUAAUAAUUCCUAAAGGAAUCGAGCGAGACAGUAUGAAAAAUUAA